AAAUCAUCCCAAAAUAUUCCCACUUUAUUACAAAGGAAAAUAAUAAACUGAAAAAGGAACAUUUUGAUUGUGAUUACCUCGGGCUUGGGAGCAAGAAGGUGAUUGGGAAGUCGCCACGUAAUUCUCUCAACUAUACAUCAACACCGCCGGUUAACGCUCGUACCUCCGUCUCCGAUCAUAUUAGGGUUCUUGAGGGUUUUUACCUCAAGGGCCCUGACUAUACCUAGAAGCUGUUGCGUGUACCUUCUCUAUUUCUAUGGAGAACUUCAGCGGUUUUGGGUUGGGCAACACAUUUAGGAAACAGAGAACUGAUCUAUAUCGGCGGCCUCAAAAGGAGUCUCAGUUGAAUCUAAAUUGUCGUGAUAAUUCAUCCAUUUCAUCAACACCACCAUCUGAUAGUUUGAGCAAAGCAUCUAGUUGUGAUAAUUCUGAUUAUGGUAAUAUUUCAAGAACAUCUUAUAGUAACCUCAGUGAAGCUGAGGCUGCCGGUGAGUUUGGUGACGAAGGUGGGAACUCUGGGUACUCCUGUUCCAGUGAUACCGAGCAAAAGCAUGGUCAGAUAGAUAUGAGUAGAUUUAGUGAAACUGACCAAGCAACAUCUCGGGUAGAGGAUCCCAAAAGUGGAACUGUGAUGUGCAGUAAUCAUUCUGGAAUGCCAGGAGUAGUAUCAGAUGGAGCUGGGAAUGACACCAAAGUCAAGAAAGUGAAACUCAAAGUUGGUGGUGUUACAAGAACAAUAAACACUUCUGUCGCUGGAUCCUCUUCAACGAAGUCUUUGUCCUCUUCAGAUGCCCCUCAGAAAUGGCAACCCAAGCAGAAUACAGGUGGACAUCAUUCCUCUUAUUGUGGAAGGGCAAUUGGCUUGCGAGGUAUCCCCUGGAAGGAUUUUGCUAAAACUGGUUUUGGUGUUGGGAAAGUGGAUUCAUCGACGGAUCAGUUACCUGGGCAGAUUGCCCCUUUGAAACAAUUAGGAAAAUAUGAGGCAUCUCAUAAAAGCAAGUCUCUGCUAAAAAGACAUUUAUCAGGUGAAACAUUCGAUGAUGAAGACACUGAGGAUGAUGAUGAUGAUGAGAUCCGUUACCUGGAGAAGCUCAGGUCUUCCAAAUAUUCUGCUGGUUAUAGUGCUGGCUAUGAGGAUGAUGAUGAAGUUGGAUGUAGAAAAAAGCGGAAGAUAUCAAGGGUGUUAAGUCAAACUAGCAAAGUUUAUAGUGCAGAUCUGAGUGAUUACGAUUCGCUUAAAGCAGUUAAAGGGAUUGAGAAAUCCAAAUCUGAAAGAGCAUCUCAGGGUUCGGACUAUGAAGAGGUGGUGGUUUCUGAUACUGAGUUAGUACCCAAGAAGAAGAAACAACUAAAGGAAUUAGCUGAUAUCUCAGUAGUUGAAAGGAGAAAAAUGGCCGUGACUACUCGCCAGCAGGCACUUCGAUCUGGAAAAGAUAUUUCUUGCAGUGCAGGCUUGAGUGCAGUUGAGUUUCCCCAUAGACUUCCACCUGCACCACCUAAAAAACAAAAGGAGAAGCUCUCUGAAGUGGAACAGCAGUUGAAGAAAGCUGAGGCUGCGCAAAGACGCAGGAUGCAAGCUGAAAAGGCUGCUCGAGAGUCCGAGGCUGAAGCAAUAAGGAAAAUCCUAAGUCAAGAUUCUAGUAGGAAAAAGCGAGAAGAUAAAAUUAAGAAGCGUCAAGAGGAGUUAGCACAGGAAAGAACUGGAGCAGCUUCUUCACUAUCAUCAAAUGCUAUCAGAUGGGUUAUGGGUCCUUCUGGUACUGUUGUGAUAUUUCCCAAUGAGAUGGGACUCCCAAGCAUAUUUGAACCUAAGGCUUGCAGCUAUCCACCUCCUCGCGAGAAAUGUGCCGGUCCAUCUUGUAUGAAUACAUACAAAUACAGAGACUCCAAAUCAAAACUGCCUCUCUGCAGUCUCCAGUGCUACAAGGCAAUACGUGAGAAGAUUUAACAUCUAAGUGCUUGCUGAACAGAGCUCUCACAGCCCUGAUACUAAUGGGCACUUGGACUUUAUUUGUAGAGAUUCAUGUGGGAACUGCAAAGAAAUGGUUGUGUUCCUAUCAUCAUUGUGCCUAUGCCCCGUUUACCAAGAAUUCUAGUAUGUGUAGAGUAGCUUCAUAAAGCUACUAAAUAUCUCAUAACAGAGUCUUUUGUCCGCUCAAUUGAAAGUGGGAUGAAUCACACAUAAUCUACGGUGCACCUUCUGAAUAGAAAUGCUCUAAGAAUUUGUGCUUGGAAGAGUGAACAAAAGUAUAAGAAGAAACCUUUCUCGGUCACCUCUACAACCAAUAAGAUCAGGCUGAACAUGGAUGGAAUUGCUGAGGGUGAUCUCGACGAUCCAUUAUUUGGUGACAUUGUCCAUAGCAGAGGUGGCGGAUGUGGGUACAUAGGGAUAAUUGGUAUUCAGAACAGUCAUGCUGCUGAGCUAUGGAACUCAAGGAUGAAAGUUUUUAUCUAAACGUUUUGAAGUGGAAUGCAUGUCUAAGCUGUAAUGAUGUGCUGAAUAUUACUCCGUUUGAUUAAGUGCCUAUAUUCAAUAUUGUCACUCUUCAGUUCUUGUUCCUGGGAAUAUGUAAAGGCACACAUCAGUAUAUUCCAGCUGAGAAAUUGAACCCAAGAACCCCAAUUCUAAAUCUGUAAACUUUGAUCUUAAAUUAUAAAUUAACAUCAGUUAUGGUGUCGA